AUGAGUCCUCCCUCGGUCGACCUCACUGCGCCAAAUGGCGUCAAAUGGAGCCAACCCACUGGUCUGUUUAUCAACAAUGACUUUGUUGCAUCGUCCAACGGCGAGACGAUUACAUCCAUCGACCCAGCCACCGAAGAAGUCAUUGUCAGCGUUCAGGCCGCCAGUGCUGAGGAUGUAGACAAAGCCGUGAGAGCCGCAAAGGCAGCAUUAAAAGAUCCUUCCUGGAAGCAGCUGUCAGCUUCUGAUCGAGGCCACCUAAUGACACAUCUCGCCGACUUGAUUGAGGCAAAAAAGGAGCUUUUUGCGACGAUUGAGGCAUGGGAUAAUGGUAAAACAUAUCAAGAAGCUCUGGACGUUGAUCUUGUUGAGGCUGUGGCUGUGAUACGAUACUAUGCCGGCUGGGCCGACAAACAGUACGGCCAAACGAUAAGCACAACACAUCAGAAAUUUGCGUACACCCUCCGCCAACCGAUCGGAGUCAUUGGCCAAAUCAUUCCCUGGAACUACCCCCUUUCAAUGGCUACUUGGAAGUUAGGGCCCGCACUUGCUUGCGGCAACACUGUAGUACUCAAAGCCGCGGAGCAGACACCACUAAGCAUCCUUGUGCUUGGAGAGCUUAUCAAGGAGGCUGGAUUUCCGCCUGGAGUAGUCAAUUUCGUCAACGGGCUCGGCAAGGAUGCCGGAUCUGCCUUGGUGAACCACCCGCUGGUAGACAAGAUUGCCUUUACUGGGUCAACGGCGACGGCAGCAAGUAUCAUGGCGGCCGCGGCGAAGACUUUGAAGAAUAUCACGCUCGAAACUGGAGGCAAAUCACCACUUGUCGUGUUCAAAGACGCCGAUAUGGAUCAGGCCGUCAAAUGGUCUCAUUUAGGUAUCAUGUCCAACCAAGGACAAAUCUGCACUGCUACGUCGCGAAUUUUAGUUCAGGAUGAAGUAUACGACGACUUUCUAAAAAGAUUUGUCGAAACCCUGAAGGCUGUGAGCAAAGUAGGCAGCCAAUGGGAAAAAGAUACAUAUCAGGGCCCGCAGGUAUCCAAAGCGCAGUAUGAUAGAGUGUUGGAGUACAUUGACAUCGGGAAAAAAGAGGGCGCAAAGGUUGCUGCCGGAGGUCAUCCUCUUGAUAUUAAAGGCAAGGGUAAGGGUUUCUUCGUUGCUCCGACGGUGUUUACCGACGUCACCCCUUCAAUGAGAGUCUACCGAGAGGAGAUUUUUGGACCUGUCGUGGUUAUCUUGCGAUUCAAAACCGAGGACGAAGCACUAGAGCUGGCAAACAACACAACAUAUGGUUUGGGGGCCGCCGUCUUCACGACAGACCUAGAAAGAGCUCACCGCAUAGCCGCUGAGAUUGAGUCGGGAAUGGUCUGGAUCAAUAGCAGCCAAGACUGUGAUCCGCGCGUACCAUUUGGAGGCGUCAAGCAGAGUGGUAUCGGCCGAGAACUUGGAGAGGCUGGUCUUGAAGCUUAUUCUCAGAUCAAGGCUGUCCAUGUCAACAUGGGGAAUCGGCUGUAA